AUGUCUGCGAACCAACAACCCAAUGAGGAAAAUGAUACCAAUGGCCAAGCUCGGUCGGCCAAGGAUGGCGCGGAGCAGAAGGCUCGAAAGGCUUGUAUUAAUUGUAGACGGCAGAAGAUGAAAUGUAUCAUCGAAGGCAGUGAUUCCUGUCGUCGAUGCCGCCGUUCAGGUCUUCCCUGCAUCUUUGUGCCGCGUGCAAAUGCUGCCACUCUGCCAGACUCUGUGGCUGGCUUCACCGAUGCCGAUUUCAAAACGGAUGUACUGCGUAGGCUAAGGAUCCUCGAAGAUAGUCUCGGGAUUUCUAUGCCAGAUAUCGCCUCCAGCCAGUCUACAAGUCUUGAUGAUGGCGGACUCCCGCAUGGUGAGGAGUUUCCGGCCGAGUUCAGUAGCUUAGGUGCUCUGUGGGAGGCAGCAGAAGUGCUCCAGUCGAGUGCUCCUAGCUCCGUACCUCGAUCUGUAUGGCAUAAGGGCACUAUCAAAGAUCUGUGGUUGUCAUUCCAUGACCGAAUGCCAGGGCUUCAUUUCAUGCCCCGAAAGCAGAUGUUCUCAGCACCACAGCCUCUGCUCCUAGCAUCGAUUUUGUAUUGUUCAAGCUUGCGCGGGCCUCCAGAACUGGAGUGGAUUGCCCCCCACUACUUUGCUGUGUUGUGCAAUGCGAUCGCGCAGCUCUGCAUCCCCUGUAGUGAGAUCAGCACGGUGCCAUCGGACAGCGAAGAAUGGGCUUUCCAGACUAUACUCGGUAUUGUUAUCGCUGGGCUACUGACCGAGGCAACUGUUCGUGAGACUGGCCUUUGGAUUUCAAUAGCUUACAGGUUGCUCAUGGAGUACUGUCCCGCACACAUUGAUGAGACAUCGCGGGAAUGGCGCAAACUGUUCAGUGGGGUACAGAUCAUAGAUCUUGAACACGCCUCUCUUCACCUUUCUUGCCCCGUGAUACCGAUUGAAUCGCCGCUACCAGGACUGCAAACUUCACAUCGCGACCAACUUUAUAGACUGUCUCGGAUGAUGCACACUGGACUCACACACUUCACUGGGCGAGGUUUGCCGACAAUAUGGUCUCACUUUACCGACCAAGUCUCAGCGACUGCAAAUAUGACUAACAAAUAUACGGCCAUCGACGCUGCAGUGAUAAGAGAUUGGGCCAGGCAACUAGACGAGUGGCUAGUAGAGUUCAGCGCCGAAUCUGAGGGGUCCGAGCAGGACUUGAGAGUUGUGUUCCGUCAAUACGUUUUACAUCGAUUAGUUGUUCUAUCUAUCUACCAUCCUGCUAGAGGCUGUGAUCCGUGGUCCAACAGCAUCACACCACAGGAACAGCAUGAGCUUCUACUUUCGGCUCGUGCAACGAUAAAGUUGCAUUUGCAUGAUUACUCUAUCUGGUCCAACUUUGACCUGGUUAUGAUAACCUGGGCUGCACUUAUUGUUGUACAGGGUAUUGAGGGUGGUGCAGGUGAAUCGGAUGAAAGUAGUCUUGCCAACGUUCGCACCCCCGGAUCGGCGGAUUUGCAGCAAACUUCAUAUCAGGAUUUUGCACUAGGUACCCACAUGGACCAGUCGUGGCAAAUAUUUGAUCAGUCCAGUCUUCACCAAAUGAUGUUUUCGGACUGGGCAGCUCAAGAGCAAACCCUCCGCUACACACUCAAUUAA